AUCCCCUCAUCGUUCCUGUUUUGGCGAGUAAUUAGUGUUGUGUUAUACAAAAAUAAUACUUUAUUCCACAUUCUAUUUGUUUCACGGCUUUAGGGUUUGUAGGCCGAUGGUCGCGCUCUCGAACUCAUGGCGGACGACGACUUCGACGGGCUUCCCAUGUACGUUGAGGAGGACCAGGAGGAGGUGGAGGCGGAGAAGCAGAAGCGUCGGCAGCAGAGCCGCCAGCCACCGCCGCCGCGGGUCACGCCGGAAGAAUUGGCGAGGAGGGAGUUCAAUCGAGCUAUGGCCCGUAAGCUUAUUGAGUACGACCCCAAGUUGGGAGACAGCUACUACACCCGAGUUUGGUUCCUCGACUUCACCAAGGUCGACAUCGAUGAAGAGACACAAUAUGGUCCGAUGCGUUAUACUGAUUCAAUUAUCAGAGAGGGCCAUGAGUUGAUUGACUCAUUAAACAUGCUCUGUGUGAAGAUAAUCUCCUCAGAUGUUGGAUACCCAAUCAGUCUGUAUGGGACUGUGAUACUCAGAGACAGCCUGGAUUUAAAAUGUAACUACAUCUUCCGCCGUGACAGAGACAACUGCCAGCACAUCAACUCACAGGGUGAAUCGCUGAUUCUGACUGGCCCGAGUAGAGGGGUUGUUUUUCGUGGUAAUGCCUUUUUCGAGAUAGAUCUGAAGAUCAGGGAAGGCAGAGAGUGUGAUGACAAGCAGUUCAACAAAGCAUUGAUUGAUGUGGUUGGAAGCCAAAUUAGAUCUGUAGUUCAAAGGGAAACUGUUGAUAGCUGGCGUAGCGAGGUGGAGCUGAUAUUUGCAUAUGUUAAGAAAGCAUUGGAGGGCACUAUUGAGAUAAAGAUUUUGUCAGGGCCUGAAUCAUUUUGUGGGAAAAUAACUGCUCGCACAACCGAUGUUUCGAGCCAUACGCUGUUAUAUGACAGCGAUGUUCAUGGUGCCAUUACUGUUGGUGAUGACAGGGUUAUCCAACUACUUCGUCGUGUGGUUUCAGUCGCCGACAUAACAGGUGCUUGAAAAAGCGAACUGGAACAUCAUUUCGACAUUGUCGACCAAACGACCUUGACUUGCAGAUCAUAAAUACCACAGGUAAUGGCAUCCCUCUCUGCACCUUUCAUAAGCGGAGGGAACUCAAUCUGGCGAUGGGUGGCGUUGGUACAUACGUUUCAAGCACCUGUUAGAUUAUGUUAACAGGGGCGAAGCCAGCCAAUCAAGUCACCGGGGCUGGCUCUAUUAGCACAACGGUGUCAAAUACAGUAGUGAACAGUGUUUUACAUUGACACUUGCAAAAUUCAUCGGGUCCGGCGACCCCGAUGGCACAAGGCAGCUCCGCGCACUGGUGUUUAAGCAUGUACCCGGCCCUAUGCUUAUGCUUAAGUUAUAUAUAUGAUCAGUGCUCGUUUUCAUUGAGGCAGCCCUGAAUCCGUGUAGAGAAACACGGCCCAGCCGGCUGCAGUGGAGAAACACGGGACAUGUUUCUGCUGCUCCUCGUCUUCUACGUGCAGCCUCUUCGCCGUGAUGUCCUCUUCCUUCUCCCACUUCUUGGUGCCACGGUCCUCGUCUUCCCUAGCGGAGGCCAUUGAUGAGGGCUCCAUUGCUGCCGCCGCUACUGCUGGAGCCGGCAGAAAUAGUCACUCGUGCCAAUGAUGGAUCGGUUCGUUUAAGGGCCGGCUAGACGAUUCAUGAGCAUGAGUAGUUCCGGCCUUAUUUUUUAAGGGUGUGUACAUAGGACGCAUGCAACCACUCCCACUGAUUCAGUUCCCACUACAUGCAGGCACGCGUUGACAAGAUCC